AUGGCGCGGCAAAUCGAAGCAGAGGAAUUCGCAGAAGCUCAAAUGCUGCUGGCUGGCAGCAGCCAGCAGCGAAUAGAUCAAGAAGUUGCUCGAUUUCGGCUGAGACCUCUUGUGGAAGCAGUUCACAGGGCCCAGGCCCUCCCCAGGUUUCUCCAGCCAGGAAUGAAGAUACAGGUGGCGUUCUCGCUGGAAGAGGGAGGCUGCGUCGCCUGGUGGGACGCGGAGAUUGCUGCUGCUCCCCCGCCGCAGCAGCAGCAGGAGCAGCAGCAGCAGCAGCUGACUGUGACUUACUGGAUCGACGACACGACCGAAGAG